AUGCUGCCCGCCUCUGUUCAGGUCCUGGCGUUCGCCCUGGCGCUGCUGGGCGUCCUCGGCGCCACCGUGGCCACGCUGCUGCCCAACUGGAAGGUGAGCAUCAACGUGUGGACCAGCAUCAUGACCCCCAUCUCGCAGAUGCAGGGUCUGUGGAUGGACUGCGUCUGGUACAGUUCUGGGCUCUUCAGCUGCACCGUCAAGCACUCAGUGCUGUCCCUGCCGGGCUCUCUGCAGAUGAUGCGGGCCGCCAUGGUUCUGUCCUGCAUGGUGGCCACGUUCGGACUCUUUCUCGCCUCCCUGGGGCUCAAAUGUACCCGUUGGGGGGGGACCCAGCGAGCCAAGGGGCACACGGCGGUGGCGGCGGGGGCCUGCUUCGUGCUGGCCAGCCUCCUGUGUCUGGGCCCGGCGUCCUGGUUCACCAACGAGGUCAUCACCGCCUUCCUGACCACGGACCUGCCGGACAGCAGUAAGUACCAGCCCGGAGGAGCUCUGUGCGUCACCUUCAUCUCUGCUGGGUUCCUCCUGGCUGGGGGAGUCAUUUUCUGCUUGUCCUGUCCCAGAACCAGGUCGGGCCAGACCGACUACGGUUCCUCCAACAACCCGGACCGACCGGCGCCGCAGAGGGACAAGCAGCGAGGACAGGAGCUGCACGUGGAGCGAGAGGACGCCCAAAACCAGCAAAACAAAAGUGUCCAGCUGCAGACGGACGAGGUGAAGCAGGAGAGACCCUCUGUGGACCAGGACCGGGACCAGGACCAGAGGCUGUUCUCGUCUCCGUCCAGACUUCGUUCAGAAUCGUCCCCGUCCAGACGUCCUCAGAAAGACAUUAAGGACAGCUACAGCCUGCAGGAGUACGUUUAA